CCUCCGCCAUCCCUCUCUCUCUGUUCGUGUCUCCUUUCGCAGGGCCGGGAUCGGAGGAAGAGAGCUCGAUCGGAAGCAAGCACGCAGCAGCCAUGGCGAACUCGGCGUCCGGGCUGGCGGUGAGCGACGAGUGCAAGGUGAAGUUCCAGGAGCUGAAGGCGCGGCGGAGCUUCCGGUUCAUCGUGUUCAAGAUCGACGACAAGGACAUGGAGAUCAAGGUGGAGCGCCUCGGCGAACCCACCCAGGGCUACGGCGACUUCACCGACAGCCUCCCCGCCGACGAGUGCCGCUACGCCAUCUACGACCUCGACUUCACCACCGUCGAGAACUGCCAGAAGAGCAAGAUCUUCUUCUUCUCGUGGUCCCCUGACACUGCACGGACCCGCAGCAAGAUGCUGUACGCCAGCUCCAAGGACAGGUUCAGGAGGGAGCUGGACGGCAUCCAGUGCGAGAUCCAGGCCACCGACCCCAGUGAGAUGAGCCUCGACAUCGUCAGGAGCCGGACCAACUGAUCGCCGCCCAUCACCAAGCAACAAGCAAGACUCCAAACAAUGCUUCGCAUGCGUUGUUAUUAUUUCACUAUUUCAGACCCACCCACUACUAAUUACCGUCCAUGAUGAUCUGGACUAUAUACCCUUUUUUUUCUUCCCGUACCAUAUAUACAUUUUGAAACGUUUUCAUUUUUUUUUCAUCCUGA